UUGAUUUUAGUCAUAAAUCAACAAUCACUUUCAAGCAUAAAAUUAAUUCUAACAUUUUGGUUAAAUCGUAUACUUAGGAUUUUCUAGUAGGCCCUACUUUGAGUUGGAUUUUAAUAUCACAAACUCUCUUACAGUUAUCUAAAUGCCGAAGAUUCAAGGAGAAAUAAUUAAAUGAUGCGUACUUUACACCUCCUGAAUAAAAACUCCAAUGUUCUUGUCAGAAUAUGCCGUAGACAUCUAGCUUCCGCUAAAGCAGGGCCUAUACAAGUUAACCAUGCCUUGGUAUUGUCUAAGUUUACAAGGUAUGAGGUAGAGAAGUCGUGUCAUCCAGAAUUAACAGAGAGUGAGCUGAAGAAAUUUCUUAAGUCCAGAGGUUCUAACUACGAAUCUUUAUUGGAUCACCAUCAACGUCACAAGGAUUAUGAGAAAUAUGUUUUGGACUCGUUCAAGGAAAUGGACAUCACAACCAAACUACUGACGAGGUUGGAUUACACAGAUUCUUGGAUAGAUUGGGCCGAUGUGGUGUUCCCUGUGGGAGGUGAUGGGACGUUUCUAUUGGCUGCCAGUCGUGUGACAGACAAUCGCAAACCUGUCGUUGGCUUCAACUCCGAUCCUAACCAUUCUGAAGGUUUCCUCUGUCUCAACAGAAACUCAACAGAAAAUACUCGUAUGAUGUCAAAAGAAGUUCUGAAUCGUCUCAAACAGGGUUCUUUCAAUUGGCUGUUCCGAACCAGAAUCCGUGUAUCGCUGACUAGCAAAGAUGUGGAGCCUCAAGAGAUGGUUCAUGACAAGAAACUUCUAGGGUCUCACAGGACUGAACCAUUAUGGUGUUCCAAAAAGAAAAUGUCAAGCUUAACUCCAACUUUAAAUGAGGUUUUCAUUGGCGAGAGCAUGUCAGCUCAAGUGUCAUAUUUCGAGAUGAAGCUUCCCCCGAGAGAAGACACUUUCAGAGUGAAGAGUUCAGGACUUUGUGUCAGUACAGGGACUGGCUCCACAUCUUGGCACUUGUCGAUGAACAGAGUGACUGACGAAGGAGUGGCUCACGUACUAAAGUGCGCUGGACUCACACCGACUCCUUCCGAGUGUCAAGCCAUCGCCAAGAAGUAUAACGACUCUCUGCUCUUCGACCCUGAACAGAUGGAGAUGUGUUAUACCAUUAGAGACCUGAUCAACGCUGGCGUCUGGCCGUCCCCUCCAGGUCUCUCGCCACGCGGUUUCGCGCAGACUCUCUGGGUUCGCUCACGUUGCCGAGACGCUCGAUUGGUCAUUGACGGAGGUUCCUCAUUUUUGUUCAACGACGGCUCUGAAGUUUUAUUCGAUCUUCACCCAGAGGAUGCCCUGCGUACUGUUCUUCUGUGAUUUUAACUAAAUACUAAGCAAUGAUUUUAUUGUUAUUUAUGAAUUUCCAUGUUUUAAAAGGCUGAUAUGUAAUUUAAUUUUAAUUUAACCCUUUGAGAUAGAUUUUUUUGCGGGUAUAGGUCGCCAUUCGAGCGUUCAGGAAAAUGGCGUGCGGCGACCUUUGCGAUUGAAUGGCGAGUAUAGGUCGCCGUGCACCUUUUUCACCAAUUCUCGAAUGGCAACCUAUACACACUAUUCUAUUUCUAAGGUUGAUUUGUUUUGUGAGUAAAGGUCGCUAUUUUUAGUCCUUCGUUAAAAUGGGGCACAGCGACCUAUACUCGCCAUUGGACCGCAAAGGGUUAACGAUCACAUUGUUUCAGUAUUAAAGUAGAUUUCCCGGUGGUUUUGAAUGUAUAUUUUGCUCUUUAAGACAUUGUUUAAGUCUCUGACUCAUUUAAAAAUCACAGUUCUUAAAUUAUUGUAAUCAAAGUAGGGUUAGAAAACUUGUUUGUACAUUACAUUUUUUUUCCAUUGUACUUCCACCUUCCACUGAAAUAUUUAAUUAUAUCUUGCAUGUUUAUUUGUUCAUUUGUAAUAAAACUGUUUU